ACCCUCAAGACCCACGCGCUGCAAAGCACAAAAUAUUUCAGAGAGCCGCCGGGAAAACGCGGCUAGGGCUUCGAUUUUUCAGCGUCAGAAGAGAGGAGAGACACAAUGUUUCCAGGAAUGUUCAUCAGGAAGCCAGACAAAGAAGCUGCUUUGAAGCAGCUUCGGACCCACGUCGCCAUUUUUGGGGCUUGGGUUGCCGUGAUCCGAGUUACCCCUUACGUUCUUCACUACUUGUAUGGUGAAAAGGACGAGCUCAGACUCGAAUUCUAGAUCCCGCCCCUUUCCUUCUUAUGAGUUGAAAAUGGUAAAGAUAUGGAACCACUUAUGGAGUCUUAUCACAAAAAAAAAAAGAAAAAAGGAAAAAGAAAAAAGGGGAACCACUUACAGAGCAACUCCAUGUGAAGGCUCCAGCAUUGAGCAAUUGAGAAUGGUGAUGGGAAAGAGGUCUAAAGCAUUUAAUAAAAAAAUGAAGGGUUAUCGAAUGAUAUAGGGAUGCCGACACAGCUGGUCAUGCCAAUUCACCAAAAUAACAUUGUAUUCUAGUCUACGUCAAAAUCAAAAUUUGGUUUGGAUUCUGUCAAAUCUGAUGUCACUUCAGCAUUCAAAUCAAAGCUAAACCAUUUAUUUGAUGUAACUUUUAUUGGUAUAUAUAUAUAUAUAUAUAUUUUUUUUU